CAAGUAGGAUUUAAGUCAAAGAAAUGCUUCAUCGUCAACAUGGAUAAACAUCCAGAAGUGAGCGGUUUCUCCGACCCAACCCCUGGUCAAGCUUCAAGUUCUCAGAGUGGAGAUGCACCACCAACAUCUCACAUUAACAUCUACACAGGAACAGAACCUAAAGAAACCAGCAUUACCGGGGCUGUCGUUCAAGAUAUGAGCAUAGAAAGUGCGAAAGAUGUUUCGGUGAUCUCAGAACAUACAGAAAUAGCCUCGCAAAAGGCAACUGUCCAAACAGUAGAGGCAACUCUCUCUGCAGCAGAAGCUCAUAUCUCAGCAGAGACUUUGCAACAAAUCAACAUAACUGAAACCAGCAUUAUCGGGGCUGUCGUUCAAGAUAUGAGCAUAGAAAGUGCGAAAGAUGUUUCGGUGAUCUCAGAACAUACAGAAAUAGCCUCUCAAAAGGCAACUGUCCAAACAGUAGAGGCAUCUCUCUCUGCAGCAGAAGCUCAUAUCUCAGCAGAGACUUUGCAACAAAUCAACAUAACUGGUAAACCAUCAUCAAGUCAUCUCCAUUUCAAUCUCCAAAAAUCAACUAAAGCAGGGGCUCAAGAACCUCCUCAACUUGUCGACCCCGUAUAUGAAGUGAUACCCGAAUCACCAGGUUUCAUCAAGCGAGCAGCCGGAAGAGUUUUCAAAGGUAAUAAAGCCAUUUUAGGAAGUAGAAUGUUACUUAUUUUUAUUCAACUUGAUCAGUUUCUAAUGAGGCAGAUUCACACUCUAACUUCUGAAAGUAAUUCUAUUUCUACAAGCGGCUACUGGCGCUUGGGACUAGAGCUCAACUGGCAUCACCUCUUGGCAGUUGGCACCGAUACACCAAUGACUGAUUACCGAUAUCUAUCUAUUCGUACAAUUGUUUGACACAAUGAGUCAAAACAAAAAAAAAUGUAGUGACACUGUGGGCCGGACCAUCGAACAACAUUAGCAAGUUGAACUGAAAAGUGCUUCCACGAAUACGGCUUUUCAUUCCAGUCGGACUUUGUCACGUAGCCCCAAAAGUGACAUGACAAAUUAGAAAAAGAAAAAAAAAAUCGGAUGCCAAGUCUCUUUCAAGCCACGUAAAUAGGUUCUGGGCUGUAGGGCUGUUUGUAGCACCCCUAUCAUCUAUGCCAAAAUCUUUUAUAAAAGGGUAAUUUUGGGUAGAGGGUUAAUGUCAAAGGCCCAGCCUGGAUUUUGCUAAUGGGGGGGUUACGGUGAAAUUGAAACAUUGCACCAAAAGUGCAAUUCACGACGACGUAAUUCGUUUAAUAAACUAAAAUUUAUGGUUGUU